AUCUUUCCUCUGAUUCGUCAGAUAAAAUUAACACUUCACUACAAAAUGAGGGGAUUUGCAAUCAAGCGCAGGUAUUUCAUACAUCUCAACGACAUUCAUGCCAGCGACUCAUUUGAUAUGAAUGCAUCUAUACAAUAAGGUUCCUCGAUUAUAAACUUUUAAGCUGUUCAUAACAUACGCAGUAUUAGCAUCGAAUACCUCCCACUCCAAAGCCAUGGCAACCUCAGAAUCAUAUCUCGAUUCCCUAUGGGAAACGAUUGAAAAGACCACUCACUACAUAAACACAAUCCGCAUACCCAUAUUAGGAGAGUGGUCCAUCCGAUCAAUUAUCCAAAUCGUACUGACAUGGUAUCUCGUGAUCAAGCUAUCAACUCGAAGUACCCAGCUUGAGGAAUACAGGAAACGGCUUCAAAAUGCCGAAGCUCAGAUUCAACGAGAUGAAGAAUCCCGAAAAAAAGUUGCAGAGAUAGCUUCGGAUUUGAAGGGGAUGUUGGAGGUAGAAUCGGGAAUGCUUGAGAAUAAUCAUGAGCUGGCUUCGAUUGUGGAAAAGGUGGAUGGGAUUUCUUUGGCUACGGCUUCUGCGCAAAAUACAGAUAUCUCAAAAUCGAUAUCUUCUUCGUCUGGUCCAAAAAUGACUAUAAGUCAACUUUACGUCUACCCCAUCAAAUCUCUCCGAGGAUGUUCUCUCCCCUCGGCCACCCUAACCCAAGAAGGAUUUUCCUACGAUCGCAAAUUCAUGCUCCUUCGAGUCCGCGAUCCCAAGUCCAAAUGGGGUUCCUAUCAAAAUAUGCACAUAUCCGAGUUUCCAGAAAUGGCUCUAUUCCAUACAUCCAUCACAGAUUCCACUCUUCACGUAACCUAUCAUGCCCCUGAUUCCUCCUCCCAAGCCCCAACCUCGCCUCAUCCCACUUUAUCUAUCGACCUCUCUCCCUCAUCCCUCACCCGCCUCCCAGAAAUCUCCAUCACCAUGCACAAAAGCCCCAUGAAAGCCUACGACAUGGGAUCCAUCUACAACAACUGGUUCUCCCAAUAUUUCAGAUACCCCGUACUUCUCGCCUACGCAGGUCCCAACCGACGUCUCGUUCUCGGAAAUCUCCCCGGGAAACCCGCAACCUACACCCCCCCGGCCAAAACUCUCCUCCAAAAAAUCACCCUCCUCAAUUCCCUCCUCCCCACCCCCAAACCACCCUCCAUCAUCUUCAACGACUGCGCCCCCUACCUCAUCAUCACCCAAUCUUCCUGCGACGACGUCACCAGCCGUAUCCCCUCUCCAACUUCCAAAAUGGACAUUACAAAAUUCCGCGCUAACAUUAUUAUCUCUGGUUCUCCCUCUCCAUACGAUGAAGAUUAUUGGGGUGGUUUAACCUUCUCCUCCAACUCCGACCCCAACUCCUCUUCCGCAUCCCCCAAAGAAAUCCUCCUAACCGCCAACUGCGGCCGCUGCGUCUCCCUCAACGUUGACCACGAAACCGGCACCCCCGCUCCCAAAGAAAAAGAAGUCCUGAAACUUCUCAUGAAAGAUCGACGUGUAGAUGAGGGUAUGAAAUAUAGUCCUAUAUUUGGACGUUAUGGUUUCUUAGGAAAUGGAGAUAUGGAUGAAGGAAAGGUGUUGAGGGUUGGUGAUGCGGUAAGGAUUUCGCGGAGAAAUAAAGAAAGGACGAGAUUUUAUUGGCCGGGCCUCUCCACUUAAUCCAGUACAUCUCAGUCCUUUAAAAUCUAGUAUACAGUAUUUACAAACAGCCACCCCUACAUAGCCUAUAUAAUAAGUAGGUAAAUCCAGAAUCUAGGAAAAACAAAAAAAAACCCCCGACAGCAUCAAAUCUCUGCGCAUUUAGUGUCACCAUUCCUAUUUUAUACAUGCAGCAUGCUUCUGCGUAUCAUCCUGAGUAGGAAUUUUUCUUUCUUAAUUUCUAUUUUCUUUUCUGUGACAUUGAGAAUGUGAGAUUGAGGAUUGUGAUAAUAUGAGUGAUGAGUGAUGCGUGGAAAUCGACUCGGGAGCGGCGAUUUAUAGGUUAACGACUUGAUUCUGAAUUAUCAAGAUUUCCCUUCUUUGGAAUUUAAUGUGUCUCUUAGGGUGGAGUCUUGUAUAUGCUGAGGUUGCAGAGACUGCAGAGACUGCUGAGUUGUGCUGAGCGGUAUAGGAAAUGGAUAGCGAUAUCUAAGUUGAGAAUGGACAGUUGGAUGGCGGGAAUUGAGAUUUCUAACUUGGCGAGGUUGGAUGGGAGGAGGUAGAGGGUGGACUUUUGGGGAGAAGUACAUUUUGUGGGAUGGAGAGAUGGAAUGAGAAGAGAAAGGGGAAAGGUGGGGAGGGGAAAAGUGUAUCGUUACUAUUUUAUGGAAGUAUUACGUGGAAUGAAAAUGUAUAGGUGUUUGGGGAGUUGAGAGAGUAUGAGGAUGGAGAAGUUAGAUGAGUGAUUAGAGAUACAUG